UGUCAAAAAAAUAUAAAAAAGAUCCGUUGAUCGAGCGUUUGUUUCCAUGUAAUUUUGUUUGUGUACAUAUUUAUUUAAUCAAUAGUUAUUAAUAACUUAUAAUUAUGGCUACUUUCGACUUUAAUUCCAUUACGAAAGCUUUAAACGAUCCUAAUAGGACGACCAGUGGCGUUGAUUUUUCGGGGAAAUCUUUGAAACUGGACUCUGAGCAAGAUGCGCAACCAAUCGUAGAAGCGAUCAACAAAUGCCCCGACCUCCAGUAUCUGACCCUAACCGGCAACACGCUGGGCGUGACCGCAGCGCAGGCAAUCGCUAAAGCGUUGGAGCACCAUCCCGAGCUGAAAGUUGCUAAGUUCUCCGAUAUGUUCACUGGGAGGAUGAAGACGGAGAUACCUCCGGCGCUGAAAGCGCUAGGCGACGGCAUGAUAACGGCCGGCGCCCGGUUGCAGUCGCUGGACCUCAGCGACAACGCCUUCGGGCCCAUCGGGGUGGAGGGACUCGCUAAGUUGCUGGAGAGCGAGGUCUGCAGCCAACUUCAGGAACUCCGUCUAAACAACAACGGUCUCGGCAUAACUGGGGGCAAGCUCCUGGCCAAAGCAUUGUCAACCAAUCCUCGGCGACUCAAAGUAUUCGUUGCGGGCCGGAACAGACUCGAGAAUGAUGGGGCUAAGGCACUGGCUGCUGUGUUUAAGAACAUGGGCACUUUAGAAGAGGUAGCGAUGCCACAAAACGGAAUAUACCACGUCGGGAUCACAGCUCUGUCCGACGCCUUCAAGCAAAACCCGAGACUCAGCACUUUGAACCUUAACGACAACACAAUAGGGCCGAAAGGCGCUGCGGCCAUCGCCCAAGCGUUGCCUAGCCUAAAAAACCUCAAGUCCAUCAACUUCGGCGACUGCCUACUCAAAAGCAAGGGUGCCAACGCGCUAGCGAAAGCCUUCAAAGACAACACACACGUGUUAGAAACCCUGGAUCUGAGUCACAAUGAAAUUGGAAGGGACGCGUGCAUGGGCUUGGUUGAUUCAGUGGCUGUAGGCGGAUUAAAUAAGCUGACUCUUGCUGGCAACAGUUUGGGUGGAGCGUCCAACAAAAAGUCAAUUCAGGACAAGCUAGGCGCACGAGUUGAAUUGAGCGACGGGGAAGGAGGCAGUGACGACGAAUACGUAACAGAUUCCGACGAAGAUGGCUCUGAAGAGGACGACGAGUCGGACAACGAUAGCGGAGACGAAACUGAAAUCAACGAAUCUGCGGACAUCGUGAAGGACAUCAGUUUGGACUCCUCAGGAGUGGAAGAAAUCGAAACGGACGUGGGCAAAUUCCUCAGAGAGCCGACGAUAGAGAAUCUGAACCGGUUAGGCGCAAAUGCUGCUGACGUCAUAGACACGCACCUACAGUCAAUAAAAGACACCUCAGAUCUCAUACAAGCGUACGUCGAAGCCACCUUCUGCGUCUCAGGGUUAUCAGACCAGAACGCUUCAGCAGCAGAGGUCGCGAGGAAAAUGUACCCUCUUCUAGUCAAGAGGGCAGGCCAGAGGCACGCGGCGGCCUGGGUUUUGGCUGACACCAUGCUAAGAGGAUUGGGGCUGAUCAAGUCGGAAAACAAAAACUACAAGAUCAGAUGGCUCAUCCCACCUUGCUUCACGUGUCUCGGAUCAGUAAUCGAACUGGCGUACUUUCCUGCUGCCUUACGAGACACUCUGCGCUUCUUCAUCAAGUCAAAACUCCCUCUACUACCCUCAGAAACGAGCGAAGCUGUCAAAAAAAGCACCGUGUUGCUAGUAGAUUAAUAAAUCGUUUGAUGCCAAAA